AUGACUAUCAUCGCCUAUCAUCGCCACAACGACAUCCAUUGUCUCUACAACUACAACCAACUUCAUCACAAUUUCAGCCACAUUCACCACAACUACAAUCAUCGUCAACACAAUAACGUAUUUCGUUACUAUACCUACAACCAUCGUCACCAUAAUUAUGAAUAUAGUUACGACAACUACAACAAUCGCCAUCAUAACUACAUCAAUCGUCACCACAACUACAAUAAGCGUUACCACAACUACAACAAUCGUUACCACAACUACAUCAAUCGUUACCACAACUACAACAAUCGCCACUUCAACUACAACCAUCAUUACCACAACUGCACCCAUUGA